GCCCUGUUCUGAAUACGUCUUAUGUAGCCAAACAUGUUCAAGUAUCGGAUCCGCAUGUUUUUCAACGAACUGAAAGUACUGGUUUUUAUGCGAUCCGAUUCGAGACAGUCCGGCACAGACGCAGAUAGACGGUCAAACAUGCGAGGUCUGGGGAUGGGCGGCUGCGGCUGGCCUCCCUUUGUCGACUGCUCUUCCCGGGAUGAUGAAGAGGAGUACUAUGGUGGUGAUCCUCGGCCCCGGAGCCUGGCGUUUGAGGAGAAGGACCCCAAACUGCAAAUGGGCCUGGACGCCGUGUCUCUCACCAGCACCUCGAGCAGCAUGCGCACGCCCCAGUGUCGGAUCUGCUUCCAAGGGCCUGAGCAGGGGGAGCUGCUGAGCCCGUGUCGCUGCGCCGGCUCGGUCCGCUGCACCCACCAGCCCUGCCUCAUCCGCUGGAUCAGCGAGAGAGGCUCCUGGAGCUGUGAGCUGUGCUACUUCAAGUACCAGGUCCUGGCCAUCAGCACCAAGAACCCACUGCAGUGGCAGGCCAUCUCGCUGACGGUGAUCGAGAAGGUGCAGAUCGCUGCCAUCAUCCUGGGCUCCCUGUUCCUCAUCGCCAGCAUCUCCUGGCUCAUCUGGUCUUCUCUCAGCCCCUCGGCCCGCUGGCAGCGCCAGGAUCUGCUCUUCCAGAUCUGCUAUGGCAUGUACGGCUUCAUGGACAUCGUCUGCAUUGGCCUUAUAAUCCACGAGGGCUCCUCUGUGUACCGAAUCUUCAAGCGCUGGCAAGCUGUCAAUCAGCAGUGGAAAGUUCUGAACUAUGAGAAGUCCAAGGACCUGGGGGACCCACUGAGCUCCAAUAAGACUGGGGGCCGGGGCUCUCGUAGUAACCCCCACAGUCUGGGCAGCAGUGGUGGUGGGCGUAGGAGCCAGAGGUUCAGGACUAUCCUCAACCACCACUGUGGCUACACCAUCCUACACAUCCUGAGCCAGCUGCGGCCCAAUGACCCACGCAUUAGCUCAGCUGCUAACCGUGAGGUGGUGAUGAGGGUCACCACCGUAUGAGGUUGGGCAUGUGCAGGGAGGCAGAGGGAUACAUACUGACUCACAGGCUGUCAUGGCAAUGCCUUCAAAUCUGAGGAUACGCGGAGGAAUGCCCCGGGCAUCAACAUCCAGAACACACGUGGAUCCUUCCUCCUGUCUCUUAGCAAAAAGGACAGAUGCUUGUUUUUAAUAUUUGAAGAACUUUGAAAGUAUUAUGGAUGACAUCAAAUCUAAAAAAGACAAAAAAGACAAAAGAAAUUCUGACAGGCUUUAUUACCUAAACCAAGGAAACAGGCAGUUUUCCAGUUCGAUUUCAGGAUGCACUGACAUUUGUUCAUUUAAUUUGAUUGUGUUGUUUUUUUAUCAUUUUUUUUACUCAUUUUGAUUUUAUACUGGAAUAUUAACAUGAUAAUAAUGAACUUCCAUACACGUGAAGCAUCUCUGAUCAACUCUGAAUAAUGAUCUUACCUGCUCUACAAAUAAAAAAUAUAACUUCAGUUCUAAAUAGGGACUGAACUACGAAAAAUACACACUACAUCCACAAGAACAGC